AUGUUUAAGAAAAUUAUGUUUACAACUCAAUAUUCGUCGACAUUUUCUAGUACACUGGGUGUGGAAUUGAAGAUACCAGAGUGUAACAAAUGCGAGAAAGGCAUGAUUAAUGUUAUUUACAACUUCAAAGGAGUUAACUCUUUUACGACGGAUAAAGAAAAUCAAAAGAUUGCGGUUUUUGGAAGUUUUAACCUGGAGAAGUUGUUGAAAAAACUCAAAAAAGUAACAGGCGGCAAAGAAGUGGAGGUUGUGAAGGAAGAAGAUAAAAAUCCUGAACCUGAAAUAGUUGAGAUUGUUAAAGAAGAAAAUGAAGAAACCGAAGUGGUUCAAGAAGUUGAAGCAGAAAAGGAUGCACAACCUCAAGUGGUUUUUGAACCAAACAGUGAUGAGCAAAAGGAAAUGGAGAAGUACAUGAUAUUCAGUGACGAAAACCCUAAUGCCAAGUGUAUGAUUUCGUAA